AUGAGAGGGAACGUGACUUGCGUCGUUUCUUAUACGAGAGAUGCGUGUCGACGUACGCAUGCGGCUCGCCCCCAUUCGACCCCCGGCAAAAUGGCGAUGCCAACAUGGCCGCCGGGCAGCCGCAGGAUGCUCCGCGAAGCGACUCCUGUCCGAAACACCGUUGACACGAUUUCCUCGUCGGCUAUACGUUAUAACACGCAUUUCCGCAUAACCGACAGUGCCAUCGAUUUAACGCCCGCGCCCAGACGGCGCGUUUUCAGCAAACCGCGCGUGCAACAAAAAGUGUCUGUGGAGGUUGGGCCGGAGACGAGUCAGGAGGAUAGCUCGGUAGGCGUUAUGAUCACGGUGGUGUUUGCGAUUUGGUCAGCGGCGCGCGCGCUCGGCUGGGCUAGCGAGGUGCCGGCCACCUCGCCUGAUGCCGAAGAACCGCCUGUGCUGCCUCGGCUGCGAUCAGCACGAGCCUCCAGCGACCUCUCCACACUCAGCACUACCACAACCAGCUCUAGCCAGACUAGUACUGGCGACUAUUCUAAGAGGUGGAGUGAAGCCCCAAGACGCUGGAGUGCAAGGGGUGCGUCUCGACGGCCCCUGCGCCGACCGCCAGUUUCCGCAAGAAGAAGAACAACUGGCAGCUUCGAUGUGGAGAAUGGCGGAGGUGCGGUGGCGGGGGCGAGGUCCCCGCUCGAGGGCGGAUCACCCUCAGCCGCACUCGUACUCCAGUCCAUGCCGCAGCGCCGCGAAUCCUUCCUCUACCGAUCCGAUUCCGACUUCGAAAUGUCUCCAAAAUCCAUGUCCAGAAACAGCUCCAUUGCCAGCGAAAGAUUCAAGGAGGUCGAGGCUGCACAGUUGGACAGAGCUCAUGGCGAAGACUUGAUAGUGACUCCGUUCGCGCAGGUCUUAGCGAGCCUGCGCAGCGUCCGCAACAACUUCUUAUGCCUCACCAAUGUACCAGUUUCGAAAUCACGUAGAUCAUCAGGUGCGGCAACAGCUGUCACUCCACAGCCAAAGAAUUUCAAUCCAGGAGAUGAAGCAUAUAUGAAGCUAGCUUUAGAAACCGUCGAAGAGCUGGACUGGUGCUUGGACCAGCUCGAGACGAUUCAAACACAUCGCUCCGUCUCCGACAUGGCUUCGCUCAAGUUCAAACGGAUGCUGAAUAAGGAGCUGAGCCACUUCUCGGAGUCCAGCAAAUCCGGAAACCAGAUCUCGGAGUACAUCUGCUCUACUUUCUUGGAUAAACAACAAGAACUCGAUAUACCAUCGCUGCAUGUCGAAGAGAACACUGAACGUAUUAAGAAAAAGGAAAAGCCACGCCAUGGCGGAUCUGCAACUACUAUGUCACAAAUAUCUGGUGUCAAAAGAACACUAACACACACUAACAGUUUUACUGGCGAACGUGUACCAAGGUAUGGAGUUGAAACUCCACAUGAAGAAGAGUUGGGUCGGCAAUUGGGUGAACUCGAUCGCUGGGGUGUUGACAUUUUCCGCAUUGGGGAUUUAUCUUGCGGCCGCCCUCUCACAGCUGUGGCCUAUGCAGCCUUCACGUCACGGGAAUUAUUGUCAACCCUUCAAAUCCCAGCACGCACUUUCCUUGCCUUCGCAGUAACACUUGAGGAACAUUACAUUCGUGACAAUCCGUUCCACAACUCACUCCACGCAGCUGAUGUCACACAAUCAACACACGUCCUGCUUAACACACCAGCUCUUGAUGCAGUAUUUACACCCCUUGAAGUCUGCGCUGCAUUGUUUGCUGCUUGUGUUCACGAUGUUGACCACCCCGGCCUGACGAAUCAAUUCCUCGUUAACUCCAGCUCUGAACUGGCUCUUAUGUACAAUGAUGAGUCUGUACUUGAAAACCAUCAUCUUGCUGUGGCCUUCAAACUUCUUCAGAAUGAUGGUUGCGAUAUUUUUGUAAAUCUUCAUAAGAAACAAAGGCAGACACUCAGGAAAAUGGUGAUCGAUAUGGUCCUUUCAACAGACAUGUCAAAGCACAUGAGCCUACUUGCAGAUCUUAAAACCAUGGUAGAAACAAAGAAAGUCGCCGGUAGUGGAGUGUUACUGCUUGAUAAUUACACAGACCGUAUUCAAGUAUUAGAGAAUCUCGUACACUGUGCUGAUCUUAGCAAUCCUACGAAGCCUUUGCCUCUGUAUAAGCGAUGGGUGGCAUUACUUAUGGAAGAGUUCUUCCAACAAGGUGAUCGUGAACGAGAGCAAGGAAUGGACAUCAGCCCGAUGUGUGAUCGUCACAAUGCAACGAUUGAGAAAUCUCAAGUCGGAUUCAUUGACUACAUCGUUCAUCCUUUGUGGGAGACUUGGGCUGAUCUCGUCCACCCAGAUGCACAGGACAUUUUAGAUACAUUGGAAGAGAACCGAGACUACUAUCAGAGUAUGAUACCUCCAUCACCGCCUCCAGCACCUGUUUCACACUCAGGAACCGACGACGAGCGCCCUGAACAAAUACGCUUUCAAGUAACUCUCGAAGAGGGCGAAGGUUCAGAGGACUGCGAAGGUGAAGGGGAUGGUGGGAUGUGA